AUGAACGUUGCAGUCAUCGGAGCAGGUCCUUCAGGACUAGUUACUCUGAAAUAUCUUGUUUCUGCUCACACUUUUCUCGGCACUGAGCCCAUUGAAACACUGUUAUUCAAGAGCGAAGACACCAUCGGCGGCACAUUUCCAGCCAGGACCUAUGAAGAUGCCGAGCUUGUCAGUUCUAAGCAGCUUACUUCCUUCUCAGACUUCCGUCUCCGUGACGACGACCCCGACUUCGUCUCUGCCGAGCGCUACCUCAAGUAUCUCCACGAGUACUGCGAAAAAUUCAGGCUUUGGUCCCAAAUCAAACUCUCCACCACUGUGGUAUCGGUGAAGCCCAACAUCAAAGGCAAGGGUCAUACAAGAACGGGGAAGCAAAAGAGUUGGACCUGUGAUGCGAUUGCAGUGUGCUCUGGCCUGCAUGUCACCCCUAACCUGCCCGAAAUCCCAGGGCUGGAGGACCAUGUGCCCUUGGUGAUGCAUUCAUCCCAGUUCAAAUCCCGCUCACAGUUUGUAACUAAUAGGACAGUCAUGGUGCUUGGAAGCGGCGAGACAGGAGCAGAUAUAGCGUACCUGGCCGUUACCUCACCCACCAAGCAGGUUGUGAUGUGCCACCGCAGUGGCUUCCAUUUUGCACUCAAGGUUGGUCCGCCAUGUUUGGAUUUUCCUGACACUCAAGAGCGCGGCAUUCCCGUUGCCUAUGUCCACCCUCUCUUGCGCAACUCCAAUGCCCUCUGGACAUUCUACGACUGGUACGUCAAAGGAAUACUGUGGCUGAACACCGGAACUUCAGGAGGUCUCGACCAGAUUGUCGGAGAACCUUCCCCAGAGAAGAACCAUGUUAGCAAAAUUUUCUUCAACAAGAGCAGCAAAGCAUCUCCCUACAUCUCGUACCCCUAUCGUCUCAACUCCAAAGGAAGUCUUGUCGACCGCAUCCGCUCCGGUAUCAUCCAGUCGCCCGACAUUGUCAUCUGCUGGACAGGCUACAAGCAAAGCUUUCCUUUUCUGGACAGAGAUCACUACCCACGGCAGAAGAGGCCAACGUGA